AUGAGCGAGGAAAAGAAAAUUAAAUCCGUGGCUGUAGUUGGCGCCGGUGCUGCCGGAGCAAUUACGGCGGCAGCUUUAAAGGCCGAGAAUUACUUUGAGCGGAUCCGAGUCUUCGAGAGGCGGGAAACGCCCGGCGGAACAUGGAUAUUCGACCCGGACCCUCAACCGGCCCUCAAGGUCGAGCCGGGGAAGCUACCCCCGGAAGUAGAUCCGCCCCUGGAGAUCCCCCAAGAUCUGCCCCGGGUCACGGCGCCUGACCGGCGAGAGCGGUUCUCCAAGACGCCGAUCUACAACUCUUUAACGACCAACGUCCCAGACAUCGCGAUGUCCUUCUCGGACCGGCGGUUCGCCUACGGGCCCUUUGCGCCGCACUACGUUCCGCGGCAGUACCUCGAGAGUUACUUCUCCGCCCACGGGACCGAUAAGCUGCUGAGCCUCAACACCACCGUCGAGGACAUAUCCAAGCUCCCACCCGCUACUACCACCGCGGAGGGCAGCGGCGGCGGUUUCGACCGCUGGAAGCUAACGCUCCGAAAAUACGACCCGGCGCGGCACGUGGACGCGUGGUGGGAGGAGGACUUCGACGCCGUGAUCCUAGCGAACGGGCACUACUCGGUCCCCUACGUACCGCGCGUCGACGGCCUCGAAGCCUACGUCGCCGCGUACCCGGGCCGCGUGCAGCACUCAAAGUACUACCGCUCCCCCCUCCCGUACGCCGGAAAGAAGGUCCUCGUAAUCGGCAACUCAGCCUCAGGCCACGACCUAACCGCCGAACUCGUGUCCACAGCCUCCCUCCCCGUCCUCCAAUCGCGGCGCUCGCCCUCGCGCUGGGACGGGGACACGCCCCCGCCCGGCAUACGCUGGAAACCCGUCAUCCGAUCCUACUCCGCGUCGACGGGCUCAAUCCACUUCUCCGACGGCACCACGCUCCGCGAGUCGGACGUAGACCACGUGAUCUACGCGACGGGCUACAAGCCGUCCUUCGCGUUCUGGAACGCGGCGCGCAACGGCGGCCCGCUGUACGACUACGCCGCGAACAAGCUCGUGGGGAACUACCUGCACACUUUCUUCCGGGCGUACCCGACGUUAGCCGUCGUCGGCGUCCCGCGCGUUCUCACGUUCCGGUCCUUCGAGUACCAGGCCGUCGCCCUCGCGCGCCUCUUCAGCAGUAGGAACGCGCGUCCCCUUCCGUCGGUAGCAGAGCAGGAGCGCUGGGAGAGGGAGCGGGAAGAGCUGACGCGGCGCGAGGGCAGGAAAUUCCACGACGUGGACUGGGAGUCCGGGGAGACGUUUGCGUGGCUGGAAGCGCUGUUCGAUAUAGCCGGGUUAGGCACGCUAAGGGGUGAGGGGAGGAUACCGCCUGCGUUGACGGAGGAGAUGAUUUGGGCGAUUGAGCAUGUUAAGAAGUACCCUGAGCCGGGGAAAGGAAAAGAUGCGGAUGGGGAUAAAGAUGGCGAGGAACGUCAGGACGGGGAGUGGGUGCUAGUUGAGAGGCAACGUAAAGACUUGUUAGCUUUCAUAUAG